GCCCGGGCCAGCGGGGCCAGCGGAGCCAGCUUAUUCCACACUGCUUUACACGUAAACAUGCUGGUCCAGACCGACACCAGUUCGACACCAGUUCGACACCAGUUCAGCACCAGAACCUACUCCGCCCGACAGAGACACGCGGCCCUGCUCGGUCCUCCUCCUGCUUAGUAGGGUCACUCCGCUUUCUGCACGACCUUCCGAGUUCCGCUGCAGGCCCCGCCCCCUGCCCGCGUUCAUUGGCUGUUGCUCUCAUGUGCGACUCGCUCAUUGAGAACCCAAACAUGACGGCGGACAGUCGGCCUGAAGCUGCCUAUAAUGAGCUGAGGGAGGACUGCAGUGGACCCUCUCAGUCUGGUAGAUGGAGCUCCUACUUUCUGACCCUCAGUUUGAUUCUGGCCGCUGAAACUUUCAUCACAGCCUGCUUUCUGUACCACUUCACCUCCGAUAUCCACACAACUGAUGAGUCUCUGAGGCAGGGACUGUACCCCAUUGACUGCCUCUACCAGUAUUUAGAUCAGGAGGAAGAUGAGCUGAACGGAGGAGGGAUGACGAGCUGUGAGCUGAUGAAGAAAGAGUUUCAGAACAGUGCUCAGCAGAGGAUCCUGCUGGACAUCCAGAACUCCUUAUGGCAGACGUUAGGAGAACACAACGUUACCCAGAUUUUCAAACCAGCCGUUCACCUCGGAGCCAAGCAGGAGCUGAAGCAGUACCACCAUCUUCAGAAAACAGGUGAUCCUACUGAGGCGGUCACACCUGCAUUAGAGCAUCUCAACUGGGAGGCCCUGAGUGGACAGAGCAGUCUGGAGGGCCUGAUGCGCCUCAGUCCUGACGGGGAAAUUGUGGUGCCGCAGGACGGGAUUUAUUUUGUUUACUCUCAGGUUUAUUUCGAAAGUUCACACUCGGGACGUGACCUGCAGUUCACACAGUACAUGUUCAAGCAGACGGCACUGCAGCCGGAGCCGGCGAUGCUCGCCAAAGCCACAGCGACUCCUUGUCUCAUGUCAGAAUCUGGUGCGGCUCUGUUCUCCAGCCACCAAGGGGCACUGUUUCACCUGGAGAGGGGCGACAGACUUUCACUGUACAUACACAACUUGGGGACUGUCCGCUUCGCCCCAGAGUCCACUUACUUCGGGGCCUUUAUGAUAGACUGAUGGAACCUGCACAUCUGCAGAGGAGAUACUGGACACGUGUCUGAUGAACAGACCUAUCCACCACUCCUGAGACCCACCACAGGAAUGAGAUGUGUCAUAACACUGAUAUUAAAUUCAACAGCUACUAAUAAAAGAGCACUAAAUCAGCUCACUUUGGUCAGGAGUGCAGAAGAUUGAGCUUCUUGUGUAAUAAAUAAUUAGGAAUGUCCAAUAUUUUCAGGUUUUGUAUGAUUUUGAUCUGAAGGUUAAUACUUGGAUAAACUUUUUGUGAUAGUGUUUGUGCUUUAAGGUCAUUUGUUGGCUUAAAAACUAAGUAAAGUAUAUUUUGAAGUUGUUUGUAAUGUUAA